UCUUCAGUUGCGCAGAAGCAUCUCAAGAGGAAGGUGUGUGAUUGCGUGUGGACAACUGCUGCAUCCCAACGGCCGCUCGUUCCGGUACCGCCACCAACGGCCGGCGUCCUUGGCGCAGUUCACGUUUCGAGCAGCCGUCCGUCUGGAUGACGCACAUCCGGACACGACCUGUUAUAACAUGAAACACAGUUCAUCCGACCACACGACACGUUUCCAUUAGCCGACGGUCCAAAUUCUAUGAUCCCAGCCUACUGCAAUCGUACGUAAUCGACGCUGAGCGGCGAUGGUGCGCCGGCUGGGCCCAGCGCACUACGUGGCGCCGUCGCCCGUGCACGGCCAGUCCGUCGCACAUGCGCACUCGCACGGCCGCGCAGCCUCCACGGACGGCGAGGACAGCGCGCUGGGCGCCGCCCGGCCGCCCUCCGCCUUUUCCAUCUCGGGCGGGCAUCGGCCGCCUUCGGCCAUCUCCGGCGCUGGUCGGCCGCCGACGGGGCGCUCCGGCACUGCUCGGCCUUCUCCUCGGGCGCCCAGCUUGCUCUCCGACCCGGAGGGGUCCGACAUCUACGUCACCAGCGCCGCCUACAGGGCACCCUCGGAAAUUAGCCGUGGAUCACGCUACAGCCGGACCCCAUCCCGCCUCUCCCGGCCAGCCUCAGAGCUGUCACGAUCGACGGUGAAGACAUCACGCACUCAGCAGUCACGGGCGUCCCGUGUGUCGCGGCGUGGUGGGCUCGUCGUGGAGACGAUGGCAGCACCCAACCCAUUCUGCCCCAACACACGUGGCAUGUGCUGCCUCAUGCUGCUAAUCAACCUUGGAUUGAUACUCGUCACCCUUGGCUUCACAGUAGUUAUACAGUUCUUUGAACCACUGUUUGUGUGGAUCUUGGGGAUUGUAUUUUUGGUGUUUGGGUUUGCCACCCUGUUUGGAAGCCUGGUCUACUGUGUAUAUCUGUGCAGGGAUGCUAAACAUCCAAAAGAUGUAAACCUCGAAGAUCUCUACUGGACGCAUCACUGGCAAAAAUCGGUAGGCACGACAGAUGUCCGCAAGAGUGACCCAGACCGUUACAGCGACCGUUAUUCCGUUGGCAAGUACAGUGACAGGUACUGAAGACGACAGAAGUGAUUACUCUGUCGAGCAGUCUGGUGGAAACUGCGUGGUAGUUGUGGUGUGCAAGGUGUUGAGAAGAGGACACUGUUGUAUAACUUUUGGUGCUAAUGUAGUGUAGCAACUACAAUUAAAGUGUAAACUAACUACUGUAUUUUAAUCCAGCUGACUGUUACAUAAUAAUUUUGUUUCACUAAUGCCACACUGGUGUCAAUGAUGUAAUUCUCCCCUCUCCUCCUAAAAAAGCCUGAAAGUUUACCUGUAUUGUCUUUAUUACAUAUAUCACUUGUAUUUGACUAUAACAAUGCUGGACUGUCACAUUUGCAGUGAUGCUUCGAUUGAUAUAGUUGGCUGCUUUGAUGUUAUACUUGUGUUAUACAGACAAACAAUGAAACGCCACAAUUAUUAGUGAAUGAUGAUACAAUCAUAGCUACAAGUGUAUGUGGGAGGCCAAAGAGGCUUGUUUAUUAACACAGGAGCAGUACAGCCUAAAAGCAAUAAGUGUAAAAAAGUAACCUUUGACCAUAUAGUGGAUGUUAGCGGAUGUGUUGAGAAAUAGGAUACAUACAGAAAUAAGAACUUCACACACACACACACACACACACACACACACACACACACACACACACA